AUGAAGAUUUUCAGCUUAAAAGAGCUAGAGCAAGCAACCAACAAAUUUGACCAUAACCGUAUCCUUGGUGACGGUGGGCAUGGCACGGUGUAUAAAGGCAUCUUAUCUGAUCAACGUGUUGUGGCCAUCAAGAAGGCCAAAAAUGUUGUGCAAAGGGAAAUUGACGAGUUUAUAAAUGAGGUUGUUAUACUUUCACAGACAAACCAUAGGAAUGUGGUGAAGCUCUUUGGUUGCUGCCUCGAGACAGAAGUUCCUCUGCUAGUUUAUGAGUUCAUAUCAAAUGGAACUCUCUCGUCUUAUCUCCAUGGCCAACUUGAGAACCAUUUGUCAUGGAAAGAUCGAUUGAGGAUUGCAUUGGAAACUGCCAAGGCUAUUGCAUAUCUACACUCGGCUGCUUCCAUAUCAGUAUACCAUAGAGACAUCAAAUGCGCCAAUAUACUACUUACCGACGCUUUAACAACAAAAGUAUCAGAUUUUGGAGCUUCGAGGUCAAUUGCAAUAGACGAAACAGGAAUACUUACAGUCGUGCAAGGAACCUAUGGUUACCUUGAUCCUGAAUACUACUACACUAGUCGACUGACAGAGAAGAGUGAUGUUUACAGCUUUGGUGUGAUCCUAGCAGAGCUACUAACGGGGGUUACCCCAGUUUUUUCUUCUCAUUCAUCGGAAGCCACAAGCCUAGCAUCACACUUUGUAUCACUAAUGAGAGACAAUUGUCUGUUAGCUAUUCUAGAUACACAAAUUGUUCUUGAAGGAGGAGUUGAAGAUGUUGAGGUGGUUGCAAGACUUGCACAUGCAUGCUUAAGCUUAAAAGGGGAAGAAAGACCUACAAUGAGGGAAGUUGAGACAAUACUUGAAGAUGUCCAAAGCUCAAAUAUCCAUCACAAUUCUCAAACAAUAAGAGUGGGCCAGAGUCCUCUAAAAGACCAGCCAUGGAAGGGGAACAAUGGUGGCGAAGGAAGUAGAGUAUAUAGCUUGGAAAAGGAGUUCAUCCAUUCAUUGGAAAUUCCAAUAUGA